AAAAAAAGAACUGGAAGAAUUUGUUUGUCAGACGAUCAAAACCAGCAACUCUGAUUCUCUGAAGAGGUUUUCCAUGGGGUUUCAUUUCCAUCACCUCCACGGGGUGUCUUUGAGUUUUAACAGAGCCAGGAACCAUUUGCCCUGCAUUAAUUCGUUCUCUUCUGCAUUUUCAUUCUCAACUCUCUCAGAUUCCUCCAUAAAGGAACCGUCGUUUAAUCAAAUAAGCAACCAGUCUACCGUCGACGAGCGUCGCGUUUUUGGUGAACUCUCCGACUUGUUUCAAUUUUCUCAUAGCAACGCGAUCGUUCCAUAUCCGUACAGGGAGAGUUAUCCGCCGAAACAAAUAGAAAGUGGAGCUGUUGAUGAAUAUUUAUUGCCUGAAGAGAAAUUGCGAGGGGUUUUUCUUCAAAAAUUGAGGGGUAAGACUGCAAUUGAACAUGCAUUAUCAAAUGUUCCCGUGGAAUUAAGCAUCGAUAUAAUCGCUAAGGUCGUGAAUAUAGGAAAUUUAGGCGGUGAAGCUAUGGUUUUGUUUUUCAAUUGGGCAAUGAAGCAGCCGGGAAUAGCAAGAGACAUCCACAGUUACUACAUAAUCAUUAAAGCACUAGGUAGAAGGAAAUUUUUUAAGUUUAUGAUUGAAACUUUGCAUGAUAUGGUGAAAGAAGGCAUAAAACCUGAUGUGGAGACACUGUCAAUUGUAAUGGACAGUUUCAUCAGGGCUCAGCGUGUGCAAAAAGCUAUAGAAACGUUCGAGAACUUGGAAGAGCUUGGAUUGAAGCGUGAUACUAAGUCUUUGAAUGUGCUUUUACAGUGUUUGUGUCGACGAGCUCAUGUAGGUGCUGCAAAUUCGUUGUUCAAUGCUGUAAAUGGGAAGGUAAAGUUCAAUUGUGAUACAUACAAUAUCAUGAUAAGUGGGUGGUCAAAAUUAGGUAGAGUUAGUAAGAUAGAGAGGAUAUUGAAAGCAAUGAUAGCAGAUGAAUUUACUCCAGACUGUUCAACUUUCAGUUAUCUUAUUGAGGGCUUAGGAAGAGCAGGAAGGAUUGAUGAUGCUGUUGAGAUUUUUGAUCAUAUGAAGGAGAAAGGAUGCAUUCCAGACACUAGAGUUUACAAUGCAAUGAUUUCUAAUUUUAUUUCUGUUGGGAAUUUUGAUGAAUGUAUGAAGUAUUACAAGGGUUUAUUAAAUAGUAACUCUGACCCUGAUGUGGAUACCUACACGAAAUUGAUUUCUGCUUUUCUUAAAGCUCAAAAUGUGGCUGAUGCUCUUGAAAUUUUUGACGAGAUGUUAGUUCAAGGGAUUGUUCCCACUACAGGGACUUUAACCUCUUUUGUUGAACCUUUAUGCAGCUAUGGUCCGCCCUACGCUGCUAUGAUGUUCUAUAAGAAAGCAAGGAAAUUUGGCUGUAAAAUAUCACUUAGUGCCUAUAAGUUAUUGCUCAUGCGGCUAUCCAGAUUUGGUAAAUGUGGAAUGCUGUUAAAUAUAUGGGAUGAGAUGCAAGAAAGCGGUCAUACUUCUGAUAUGGAAGUUUAUGAGCAUGUCAUUAAUGGACUUUGCAACAUAGGGCACCUUGAAAAUGCAGUGCUUGUUAUGGAGGAGGCUUUGCGCAAGGGGUUUUGCCCAAGCAGAGUUUUAUAUAGCAAAUUAAAUAACAAACUACUUGCUUCAAACGAAGUAGAGAAGGCUUACAAGUUAUUUUUGAAGAUUAAAAAUGCUCGCCGUGAUGAAAAUGCUCGAAGAUAUUGGCGUGCUAACGGCUGGCAUUUUUAAGUUGGCACAUUUAUCCGUGACUAGGGCAAGUAAAGUCUGCCUUUGUGCUUAUCCUAUAUUAUUCAACUAGUUUGUAUCACUUAGUGGUAUUCUUAUAGUCUGUAUCUGAGGUUUCUCAAACUAUUCUAUUGAGUGCAGGUACAUGUAUUGAUUCUAUGAUUUUUUGGUUUGCAUGCGGAUUAUCCAAAAAGCUUGUGAGCUCCUUGGUUUCAUGAUGGCUAAACUCAAGUUUGCCAAAGCAAGAUAUACAUAUAUGCAUGAUUCUGUGACGGGCCUGGUAAGAUAACACCAUAUUUCAUUGGAAGGAGUAAAUGGCUUUAUUUAUCUUCUAUUUCUACUCGGUAAGGAUAGUUGACCCCUCAAUUUGUUGCGUUCUCUCUGGAUUUAUUUCCUUCAACUUUACAGUGUUCAUUCUCUAGAUUGAAGAUAAUUGGUCUUGGUAGCACUAUCUGCUGAUUCUUGCUGCUUAUUUAGCAUGUUGUCCUUGUAAAUUUCUGGGUUUCAGAACCCACUUAAGUCAUUGGCAUUGUGAAGUAUUGUGUUACUAGGGAGAAUUACACCUGAUAUCUUCACUAAGUUGGCUGCUAGGUUUGCCAUUCAUUUGCAAUGCCAUUUCUGAAGUCCUUGUUCAGUUUAUGAGGCCUUUCUAGAAUCCUUGCUUGCUCUCUGUCUUUUUCAAUUUUUUAGACUUUGUCCUUUAAGCAUCCUGUUAACUUUAGUACUUUGAUUUUAUGAUAGUAAUAAUUAUUAAAGUUUUUUGGUUCCUAUCAUUGCAUCGGCAGUUAAUAUCUCAAAUUGUGUUUUUCUGGUUAAUGUGCUGGAUAGUAUGUAGUUUCACGGUAUUAAAAUGCUGGACGAUAAUUCUGAAAUUCGAAAUUGCUUUAAAAUGUCACUUUUAUUAGCACAUUUGAUCUAUGAGGAAUGUACUUUAUAGAAUGCUUCAUCCCACAUUUUAUUUGUCAUUUUAUAGUUGUAUAUUUGUUUAUACACCUAGUCUUUUCUCCUCAAUGUAGAAUCUGUUGUGUCUACCUGCAUUUGGAGUUCAACUUGAAAUUCACUAUUGGGAAGCGUUUCCUUUAUCUUUAUUCUGCAGUGAGGGAUAUGUUCGCAGCUUUGUUCCUGGACAAAAUCUUGAUACCUAUUCUGAUUGAGCAUGUGACUCCAUUCAUGCGAUACUGGAGCCUGGCUUUGGUUAUUUGUUGCAGAGGAGGUAACAUCCGCGGGUGAAUGUCUACUAUAAAUGGAUUUUAGCAUCUAAAUUAGAUAGAGCAUGAUAGGCUAGUUCAACGAGAACAUGAUUCUUGAAUGGCUGUACUUUUAAGGAGCUGCAGUAACAAUCCUGUAAAUUGGAAAUAGUUUAAACACUUAAAUUACUUGCAAGAUGAUCCAUGGGCUUUUAGCAAAUGAAUAUUAACAAGAAUUCUGAAGGGAAAAAUACAUGACAGCCAACAGAGAAAAAAAGACGGCUGAAGGAGUAGUUAGUAGUUACCACUGUCAAAUCCCUUGUCCCAACUUUUCUUGAUUGCUUUGGGGAACUUAUUUUUUCGCAGGAAGCACAAAUUAAUGUUGGAUUCCAUUUUCCAAGGCCUUGUCUGCUGCAAUUGGAAUAGUCAAGCCUCGUUAUCGGUCUUUUUGAAGAUGAGAAUUUAGUACUAUUUAGAGUUUUUGGUUUAAGGGAUGUUUGGGUCAUGAUGUAAUGCAACAGUGUCGUAAAGAGAAACUAAAUUAGUUUUUCGCAAGCUUAAUUGCGAAAAGUGUUGUAAGA